AUGGCUGAUGUCUUCAGAGGCCUAAACCUCCUUGAGACCCUCAAAGAGUCCAUAGAGAACAACAAGUUGUCAGACGUUAAGGAUGCAGUGGAAGAUCUCCUAAUCAGCAGGAUUAAUUUAGCUGUGGUGGGGGACCGUGGGGAUGAGAAAGCUUCAUUCAUGAACUCUCUCCGUGGCCUUGGCCCUGGUGAUGAGGGAGCAGUUCCUUCUCCUUCCCCCGUUGCCCCUGAGGAAGUUGCUGGGUACCCUAGUCCGAAACACCCUGACUUCCGUCUAUGGGACCUUCCGCCUGUACCAACCAUGUCACCGUUUGAACCAGAGGGAUACAUGGACAGAGUAAAGUUCUUCCGCUACAGUGCUGUCUUUAUGGCAUUCACACAGACACCCCAGCUAAACAGCGCGGAGGUUUUCUUGGAGGCCCGUUCGUUGCAGCGACAAAUUGUGUACUUCGUACUCCUAGCUUCUGUGAAAGACACAGAGAAAAGCCUGGAAGACAAGAAGAAAACCAGCUUGAACAUGCUGAUAUCUCACGGAUUGACACAGCCCAAAGUCUACCUGGUCAGACCCUCAACUCUAGAGAAAUUUGACUUCCCUGACCUUCUGGCAGACCUGAGCAACAACCUUCCAGAAAUCCGAGCCCAUUCCCUUCUUUUGGCUCUUCCAACGCUUACCUCAACGCUGGUCACCCAGAAAAAGGAGGCAUUCAAAGCGCUGGUAUGGGCAGCUGCCUCGCUAUCUGGUGGGGUCUCAGCUAUUCCCGUUCCCCUGGUGGCAUCUAUGGUGGACUCAAGUGUAGCAGUGCGGAUCCUGACAAAAGCGCAGUUAUCUCUGUGUCUAGAUGAUGAAUCGGUUGAGCGACUAGCCCGACAACGAGGCGCAGAACCCGCGCAACUCAAAGGGAUGCGGACUUGUGUACUGUCAGUGGACGUCACCAAAGGGGAGGUGAAAAAACGUCUGGCGGCAGCAGAGAAGGACUUGGCCGCGGCUUCGUCGAAGCUGCUGGAGAUGGCGAUGCCUAGACACGCUCGUUCUGCCAGCCGCUCCUUCGCUGCCAUGCUGCAAGCCUUAAAUGGUGCUAUUGAUGAAAUGGCUGCUGAUGCUGAGAAGAUAGUGACUGUUGCUUUAGGAGGGGGGAAGUAAAAUCAAAUGCUCUUGUCUUUGAGAUAUUUCCUGUUUAUCUGUGGUCAUGUGCAACACUCACAGAGAACGUUUCUCAAAUCUUUUGAUACAGUUUUCACUCUUAGUGCAAAAGAACAACAUAGAUUUGAUAUGCAUAAAUUCUGCAAAUCUGCAAAUAAAAA